AUGGCUCCGAAGGGAAAAGAGAAGCCGAAGCCCUCUGCUUCACAGCCAGCAAUUGCCAUCGAGGAUCUCUUCACCGCUCUCAAUCGUCACAUCGACAGGUCGGAAUUCGAUCAAGCCAUCAAAGUCGCAGAUCAAGUUUUGGCCAUUGCGCCUGGUGAUGAGGACGCGAUUCGAUGUAAAAUCGUUGCAUUAGUUAAGGACGAUAAGAUUGAUGAAGCUCUUUUGGCUAUCAGCGCGUAUUCGAGGAAGUUUCCGAAUGAUUUCAGCUUUUUCAAGGCAUACUGCUUAUACAGACAAAACAAGUUAAAUGAAGCUUUGGAAUCCUUGAAAGGCGUUGAGAGAGAUUCUACUACUAUGCUGUUAGAGUCUCAGAUUCUAUUUCGCUUGGGGAAAAUGGAUGAUUGUGUGGACAUCUAUCAAAAGCUCCAGAAAUCCAAGAUAGACUCAUUAGAGAUAAAUCUUGUUGCUGCUUUGGUGUCAGCAGGGAGAGCUGCUGAAGUGCAAGGAAUUAUGGAAGCACUCAGAGUUAAAGCAACUAGCAGCUUUGAGUUGGCAUAUAACACCUCUUGUUCAUUGAUUGAAAGGAACAAAUACACAGAUGCCGAGCAACUCCUACUGUCAGCUCGAAGGUAA